GGAGGCGUUGGGCUCACAGGAGCGCGGGGAAGAGGUGAUGUGGAGCGAAAAGCACUUGAGCCGCGUCUAAAACCGCGUGCCGCCAAGACGCGAGACGCGCUCGGGCCACAGGCGGUUGCCCGCGCGCUGGAGCAAGCUUUCGUCAAACACCAUCGCCGACGCGCGCAAAUCCGACACUUCCCGCCAGCAACCAUUCGCACUGCACAACCCCCUCACCACCAAGCACCAUGGCCGACGGAAUCGACAGGAAAGCUGAGGAGCGGAUGGAGUUCUCCACCUCCAAGGAGGUUACCGUCGCGCCCACCUUCGAGGCCAUGCACCUGAAAGAGAACCUGCUGCGCGGCAUUUACGCCUACGGCUACGAGUCCCCUUCGGCCGUCCAGUCGCGUGCCAUUGUCCAGAUCUGUAAGGGCCGCGACACCAUUGCGCAGGCUCAAUCCGGCACCGGAAAGACGGCCACUUUCUCCAUCAGUAUUCUGCAGGUCAUCGACACGGCAGUAAGAGAGACGCAAGCUCUCGUUUUGUCUCCUACGCGCGAACUUGCGACCCAAAUCCAGUCUGUCGUCAUGGCCCUCGGCGACUACAUGAAUGUCCAGUGCCACGCUUGCAUUGGCGGCACCAACGUCGGAGAGGAUAUCCGCAAGCUCGAUUAUGGCCAGCACGUCGUCUCCGGCACCCCCGGCCGUGUUGCCGACAUGAUCCGUCGUCGCAACCUCCGCACUCGUCACAUCAAGAUGCUCGUGCUCGAUGAGGCUGAUGAGCUACUGAACCGCGGUUUCCGUGAGCAAAUCUACGACGUCUACCGCUACCUCCCUCCCGCGACCCAGGUCGUCGUCGUCUCGGCCACGCUUCCCUACGAUGUGUUGGACAUGACCACCAAGUUCAUGACGGACCCGGUUCGGAUUCUCGUGAAGCGUGACGAGUUGACGCUCGAAGGCCUGAAGCAGUACUUCAUUGCCAUCGAGAAGGAAGAGUGGAAGUUUGACACUCUUUGCGAUCUUUACGACACCCUCACAAUCACACAAGCAGUUAUCUUCUGCAACACGCGGAGAAAGGUCGACUGGCUCACGGAUAAGAUGCGCGAAGCCAACUUUACGGUUUCGUCCAUGCACGGAGAGAUGCCGCAAAAGGAGCGUGACAGCAUUAUGCAGGACUUCCGCCAGGGCAACUCCCGUGUCCUGAUCUCCACUGAUGUUUGGGCUCGUGGUAUCGACGUUCAACAGGUGUCCCUCGUCAUCAACUACGACCUGCCCAGCAACCGUGAAAACUACAUUCACCGUAUUGGGCGCAGUGGACGGUUCGGAAGGAAGGGCGUUGCCAUCAAUUUUGUCACCAGCGAAGACGUCAGGAUUCUGCGUGAUAUUGAAUUGUACUACUCCACGCAGAUUGACGAGAUGCCUAUGAACGUUGCCGACUUGCUUUCAUAAAGCGAUUUGCUCGGCGCGCGCACAGGCACGGAUCAUUGACCUCUAUUUCAUGACCAAAUAAAAAGGGCGGCCUCAGGUCGGAACUCACAGGAGCACAUGGGCGCGGAGGAUAAGGGCAUUGUAGCCAAAUG